CGUUCACAGAGAGAUUUACCCACACUGGAUGUUGUCGUUUCUUCUCUGAGCUGCGUGAAUCUUGACAAAAGGUGGGGCAGUAGUGACUUUAUCCACCAAACAACAUGGACCAGGAGGAUGACAAAAACUCUGUUGAUAUCCAUGACAACCCUCCAGCUCCUGAAAACGUAGUGAGAGAGGAAGGAGACACUGUCUAUUUUAUAUAUGACGAGGAGGUGGAGGUGGAGGAGAAGGAACCAGAACCUCCUCCUCCUGUACUCCGGAUCAACGACAAACCCCACAAGUUCAAGGACCACUAUUGCAAAAAACCCAAGUUCUGUGACGUCUGCGCUCGCAUGAUAGUCUUGAACAACAAGUUUGCUCUGAGGUGUAGAAACUGCAAGACCAACAUCCACCAUUCAUGUCAGUCCUAUGUCGAGUUCCAGAAGUGCUUUGGCAAAAUUCCACCUGGCUUCAGAAGGGCCUACAGCUCCCCGCUGUACAGCAGCGACAUAGCAGAUCCAAACAACCCGAACCGGAACGACCCCGUCUUUGACACCCUGCGGGUCGGCGUCAUUAUGGCAAAUAAGGAGCGCAAAAAGAAUGAAAAUGACAAGAAAAAUAUCAUGAUGAUGAUGGAGGAAGAAGAAGAGGAGAACAACCAACAGCCCAAAGAGAAUGAGGAAGGAGGAGAAGGAAAGCCUGAUGAUAAGAAGGAGAAAGGAGGAGACAAAGCAGAUGAAAAGAGCAAGGGUACAUUCUCCCAGACCCACUACUACCUGGCUCUCUACCGCUUCAAGGCCAUAGAGAAAGACGACCUCGACUUCCACCCUGGGGAUCGGAUCACAGUACUGGAUGACUCCAAUGAAGAGUGGUGGAGGGGAAAGAUGGGGGAGAAGUCAGGCUACUUCCCCACCAACUACCUCAUAAAAGUGCGUGCAUCGGAAAGAGUUUUCAAGGUGCUACGUUCCUUUGUAGGAAACAGAGAGAUGGGGCAAAUCACACUGAAGAAAGAUCAGAUUGUUGUAAAGAAAGGAGAUGAGAAAGGCGGCUACUUGAAGGUCAGCACUGGACGCAAGCUGGGCUACUUCCCUGCUGAUCUGCUGGAGGAGAUCACUGUGACAUAAAAACAACAACACGACAUGCACUGAAAGAGCCCGCAAAACACUUUCAACAUGAGCACAAAGUAGAGAUGCCACUGUUCUGGAGAUCCUACUGAUCUUUCAGCAAUUUUCUAUAUUUGAUACCUAAAGAAGUAUCAAAAUGUUGUCUGCAACGGCAGAACUGUAUUUUGCUGUGAUUUAUUUGUGACUUUAACACAAAGUAAAGCAGGAGAGAUGAUUGACGCGUACAUUAAUAAGUUGAAAGAGACAAUCAGAUGAUGUAUUGGCUUUGUCGUGACUAGCAUGGUAAUACAAAUGCUUAGAUGCUUUAAGUUACCUGCUGAUUAUAGCCAGCAUCAAAGAGAAGUAGAGACAACCUGGAGAGCCUUGCACACGGUCAUAAAUCAAUGCAUCAGUUGAUAUGAAGGUAGACAAUUAACAUUGAACAAAUACAUCAAUGUACUGUAUUUCUAAAUCAAUUUCACCGUGUUUUUAAGUGAGUGGACAAUGAGAGUUCCUGUUACAUCUCACAGCAUAUUAGUUAAGUUUGGCCAUAACAAAACCUCUGAGUGUCUUUCAUUGAACUUUUUUUUUUUUUUUAAACUAUAAUUUAAAAAACAUGAAU